AUGAAAUCUCCUGCUGAAAGUCGAGAUCCUAAGCUGUAUUGUCAGUUCCACGAAGAUAUAGGGCAUGACACCAAAGAGUGCAGAAGCCUGAAGAGAGCCCUGGACGGCCUAGCCUCCAAGGGGCACCUAAAGAAGUACCUGCAAAGGAGCACUCACGGCACGGGGAAGAAUCAGUACAAGAAAAACAAGUCACCUGUCUCAGCUACAGAGGGAAAUCACAGCGAAGGGGGAUUUGUAGCCGUCAUAUCAGGAGGACCAGCUGCUGGGGGACCCACCAUGAAGGGACAGAAAGAUUACGCCCGUCGUCUAGGUCAAGUAAUGUUGUCAGGGAAGUCACCAAUAGACCCAUUCCCUCGGAUAGAGAUAUGUGAAUCGGAUGGUGGACGUGUAGCCACCCCGCACGACGACCCUCUCGUGGUCGAAAUCAAAAUCUCCAACAUGAGGGUAACGCGCAUCUUAAUAGACACAGGAAGUUCAUCUGACAUAAUGAGCAUGGAGUGCCUCAGCCGCCUAGCUCAUGAUCCUAAAACCAUAGAGAGCAUCCACUACCCUAUCAUUGGCUUUGGGGGAAGCAUCAUACACCCUGUGGGCGUCAUCAACUUGCCGGUUCGGAUUGGAGAACGUAAAGAUGGACGAAAUAUAGGGGUGGACUUCCUAAUCGUCAAAAACCUAACGGCAUACAAUGUCAUUUUGGGACGCCCCACCUUGAACAAGAUUAAAGCAGUGGUUGUCACUCAUCUCAUGCUCCUGAAGUAUGUAUGUGGCGAUGGGGAAAUAGGGACUAUACAUGGAGAUCAACAGCAAGCAAGAGACUGCUACCUCACAACUCUUAACCCAUCAGCAUGGAAGAAAGUCCCAGCUGGGACCAAAGGCAAAAGGAAAUUUGAGGAGGAGCCACCCACCGCCAACGAGAGUAUCCCAAUCAAGAUAGGCGGCGUCACGAGUGGUUAA